UACAUUUUUUAUGUUUUUUGACGGAAUGCAAUACACAUAACAUUACUUGACAAUUAUAGUCGAGGAUGUAAUGGAGGAGUUCCGUCAUAAUGGACGUGAUUUUGAAUAUUGUCCAGAUUUGGACAAUGUUACAAUGCCAGAAACAACACCACGCCGCAAGAAAAAUAAGAAACCUUUGCCUACAGAAUGCGUUUUCUGUAGAAAUAAUGGCGAAGAGGAGGCUUAUUACCGUAAACACUUGCUAAAAGAUGCUGAUGGUCGCGUCUCCUGUCCAGUUUUAAGGGCUUAUACGUGUCCAAUUUGUGGUGCGUGUGGAGACAUAGCUCAUACGGUCAAGUAUUGUCCAAAAGGCACCAAAAACCCUGGCACAUUGGCAACAGUAAAUGCGUUCAAACUAUUGAGAAACUCUAUGGGCAAACGACGCGUCAAAUAAAACACACCGUGGCACUCGAGCACGUGUCACCAUCCUUGUGCCAUAAAACAUCAAAAGUAUAUCUUCUUUUCAAGGAUUUCGAAGAAGUGGUGCCUCCAUCCUUAACAACUCUCGCGAGCGUUUCGGUAUCAUCUGCUGGCAGGUAAUUUUACCGUCGUCGCAUCUUUUCAAAUAUAAACGAACCAAAGUGCCUUACAGGAAUAUAAUUGAAUUCCUAGUAACGAUUUCUCGAAACAAUGUUACCAUUCGUUGCUCGGUUGCCAUUGGAUCUUACGAAAUUCAUCUUAUCGAUCAAGCAGAAGAGAAAAAAAGUUUAUUCUACAUUUCAUUUACUUUGUCUUUGUGUUUCCUCUUUUUACAUCAUAUUUAUUUAUUCGGUUUUGACAAUACGAUAUCUAGUGGAAAUAUAAAAUAAACCACCGAAGCUCGGAGGCAAACUAUAAAAAAGAUUAUUAUUCGAAUCGUAAUAUGAAUCGUCUGGAGUUUAGAUAAUCAAGAGGCUGUAUCCAAAGACAUUUUAGACAUAAGAAAUUAUUUAUACGAAACGAGUGCCAUAUACUCUCGCCAAACGUGUCACUUUUCUGUAAAGUUUCCUUUGCGA